AUGGGCCCGACCGCGCGCGCGGACGAACGCGCGACGUCGUCGUCGUCUGCGGCGGCUCGUCCCGCGCUCGACGCGGCGCGGUGCGUCGUUCGAGUGUCGGACGCGCUCGAGCGAGUGAUGGGCGUGACGCGCGACGACGACGCGCGAGAGGCGCUGGCGGCGGCCACGGCGGAGGUCAAGGCGCUCGCGCGAUGCAUCGCCCCCAUGGCGAUGUCCGAACGCGAUUCGACGGCGAAAGCGAGGGAGACGGCGACGUGGGAGGCGAACGGGGACGCGCGCGGGAGAGCGCUCGCGCGGCGGGUGGAGGCGUUGGAGCGCGCGUUGGCCGAAUCGAGAAAGAAGCGAGAGGAUCUGGAGCGCGAGGUGGGGGCGGAGAGGAGUGCGUGGAUGCGGGAGGCGAAGCGUGAGCUGGACGCGGCGUUGAGACGGGUGGAGGCGUCGAGAAAUGGGGAACGGGAGCGGGCGCUGGAGCGCGAGACGCGCAGGCUUCGGGCGGCGAACGAGGAGAUGAGAGCCGAGGCGCUUGAGCUGGAACAAGAGCUCGUGCGGUGCGAGAAGGCACGACGACGGUUGGAGAAGGAGAACGAGCUGUUGGUAGAUGCGACGCGGGCGGCACGGAAGGAGUUCGAGAGGCGGGACCGGGAGGCGGCGUGCGCGAGCGCCGCGAGACGCGCCGCGACAAACGCGGCUACCGUCGCGAUGGCGACGUCGCCGGGACGGACAAAAACGACGAACGGUCAGGGAAGACUCGCACCGUCGCCGUCGCAGUUACCGGCUUACCUUGGGUCGCCGUUUGGGGGCGUUCGAACACGCGAUUAG